AUGAAGAUUUUCUUCGUCGCCAUCCUGGCUGUCUUUCCCCUGCUCGCCAGCGCCUCCAUUCUCGCCCGUGCCUCCAUUCUCGCCCGUGCACCCCAACAGAAUGGAGCCUGCUCGAAUCGCUGCUAUAAUGACUACACCUUCAAGGCCAAGCAAGUCACACCCAAGCGCCAGAAAUACUUCACGUUCGCCAGCAGCAACAUCAAAAACAAGGGCCAGGUGUGCGAAAAGCUCAACGAUGCGUGUCUCGGCAAGGCAAAGUCGAAUAUCAUCAUGUACUACGGCUGCGAGUACACCGAAGACUUUACGGCAGUCAAGGCCUUUUGCACCCAAGUGCAAGACCAUGGCGAGACACAGGACAUCAUCGACACGCUCGUCCCGCAGUUCGCGGUCACCAUUGCCAAGAAGUCUGACGGAAAGUGCAAUGAGUUCCAAAAGGGAUACUGCAUCCGUGCGGGCGAUGGCGCAAAGAAGAUCGGCUGA